AUGUUUACUUUUCACGAGAUGGUCCGCCGCAGUGCCGACAACCCCGACACCAAAAACAGCAACGACAACAACACUGGUCUCUCCAACGGCAUGGUCGACCUCAUGAUCCUCCUCCUGGUCUUGGUCCUGCUCGCCUUGACCCUGGUGGGUGGCCUCCUGGUUCUCCGCCGCAAGCGUCAAUCGGUUAGCAAGAACUCGGUGCUCCCUGUCCACAACGGUCAAGUCGCCGAUAACUCACGCCGAUUGACAAUUACGGCUCACAAGCACGACUCCAUCUUCGUCUAUGACGAGAAGCGGUCCCUAAUGCAGAACUCAGACAGCCCUCCACCAAGCCCUGUCCCCGAGAUUCGCAUCACCUUCCCCGAGGAAGAAGACGAGGCGGGCCGCCGCAAGUCCGGUCGAGUCGUUGUUGUUCGCAUCAGUGAAGCAGGUAGCGUGGGGCUCGAACCGUGCCAGGAAGAGCUUCCGCCCUAUCAGACCACCGACACGGGUCGCUUCCAUUCUCUCGAUAUUGAGCGGAUGGGUGGUCUCAAGGAGAAAGGUGAGAUGAAGAGCUACUCGUAG